AUGCAACGAAAAAUGAUAGUGGCUCUUAUCACUUUUCUAGUUACUGUAUUCGGUACUGUAUCCAAUGCUCUUGUUUUCAUUGCUGCUCGUAGAAUGAAUUCGAUGAACAGUUCAUUUGGAAUUAUAACCAAAAACCAAGCGAUUUGUAACUUCUUGAUGUCCUUAAUUUUUUUAGUUUACAUUUUUCCAUUACAAAUAAGUGCUACGAAUCUGUUGGUUUAUUACUCCCAUUUCAUUGGAAUGUUUGCAAUGACUGUAUACGAAAUCUCAAAUCUCUCUCAUUUUCUGAUAGCAGUGAAUCGAUUCUGUGCAGUGUUUCUUCCUUAUUAUUACGAAAAAUUAUUUACUGUGUUUAGUACAAAAAUAUUGAGAAACGUUAUUUGGGUGGCAUCUGCUAUUUGGUGUAUGGUUUUAUAUGAAUUGGUCGGAUGUAAAUUCUCCUACGAUGUUGCGUCUUGGUCCCUUGCAUUUCUGGCAACUGAUAUGUGUACACAACUGACUUGGUAUUCUGAUUUCACUUUCAAUACAUCAUUUGUAGUUCUGACUCUUAUUACCAACUUGCUGACUGCUUUCAAAGCUGGAAGAAAUAGCAGAAUUUUGAUGAAUGCAGCAGGAAUCAAGAUGUCAAAACGACAGAAACAACGGGAACUGAAUUUUGUAAAGCAGUCAUUCCUCCAAGGAUUGAGUGUCUUCAGUGGACAAGUCACUUAUUAUCUAAUUGCUCCUUUACUGUCGAAUCCAGUUCUAAUUUUUAUUAUUGGGUCAUUGUGGGCAUUCAUGCAUUCUAUCGAAGGAGGUAUUAUUUUAGCAUCCAAUCAAGAAAUGAGAUCAGUUUUCAUGCCUAGGAAAGCAUUGAAUUCAACAACUGUUUUCAUUUCGAGCGUAUCAUUGGGUUAA